AUGUCUGACGCUGACCAAAAGACCGACCCCACCACCACUGCCCCUCCAGAGGCCGUCCCUGAGGAAAAGAAAGAAGAGACCACCACCACCGAACAGACCACGGAAGAUGCCUCCAAGAAGACCGAGGAGCCCGCUGCCGUAGAGGGUGACAAGCCUGCUGCUACGGAGGAGAGCAAGCCCGCCACGACUGACUCCGUCUUCUCUAUGUUCGGCGGUGGUCCCCCCAAGGAGAAAAAGGAGCAGGAGGACGAUGCUGAGGAGCCAUCUGGUUCUUCCAAGAAGAAGGCUGAAGACGAUGAUGACGUCGAGGCGGAGCCAGAUGUGCACUUUGAGCCAGUCAUCCGCUUGACUGAGAAGGUUGAGAUCAAGACCAACGAGGAGCUCGAAGAGCAGACCUUUAAGAUGCGCGCCAAACUCUUCAGAUUCGACAGGCAGAGCAAGGAGUGGAAGGAGCGUGGAACUGGUGAUGUCAAGUUGUUGAAACACAAGGAGAACCACAAGACCAGACUUCUUAUGCGAAGAGAUAAGACCUUGAAGCUGGCACCAAACGUCGGUAGUGAUCGAAGCUGGGUGUGGAAUGCCGCUGCAGAUGUCAGCGAGGGUGAACCAGAGGCCCAAACACUGGCUAUCCGCUUUGCCAACAGCGAAAACGCUGCUCUUUUCAAGGAAGCCUUCGAAAAAGCCCAGGAAGAGAACGCCUUGCUCUUCGGCAAGGAAUAG